CAGGCGCAGAGAAAACAAGACUCCCAAAUCCCAAUUUCCGGAAAACUUGAACGGUCUCCUUCGUCCUUCCGAAGCUCUCCACGCAAACCAUAAGCAACGCGUGCAGAUUCUCUCUCUCUGCUUGACCAACAGAGCCAAUCCCCGUUCAUCCGUUUGAGAAUUGAAAGAUUUUCGCAAUUCAAAUUCCGUUUAAUGGUUGCUGAAGUGAUGGGAUGGGAGCUCAGAAGAGCAUCCAUGCCGGCAAAGCUAAGAUUGAUGUCAACAUUGAUUUCACUAACAAGCUGUGUGCAGCUUUGAUGCUUCCUACUCUCAGGGACAAUGGAAAUCCGCUUUCUCUGAUUAUUGGGAGUGUUUGCAUAAAACAUCCCAAUUUGUUUGGUGGAAGCGAGAAGCUUGACGUAUCUUGGGAUAAGGGACUUUAUGAUUCCAGUGUUUUGGUAGCUUAUAGGAGGCCGAGGUCCAAAUGGCUCGCUCAACAGUCCUUUGUCAUUCAGCAUUCAACUUCACCCGAGAUUGGGGUCCAUGGUUUUCCCAUUGACAACUUUUCGCGCUCAGGAAGUGGAGGUGUUAAUUUGUGCCGCUUCUCAGCAGGGGUGGACCUGAAUGAGCCUGCAAGUUCCAAGUGGAGCAGCACAACCAGCAUAAAGUUUGAGCAUGUUCGUCCAAUCAAUGAUGAUGGUCAUUCCAUAUGCAGAGAUCUUGAUGGGUUUCCAGUGACCUGCAGUGGUGGUCCACAUGAUAAUAUGGUAGUUCUGAAGCAGGAGUCCUGUUAUGCAAAGGCAAAUGACUGCAGUUUCUCUCAAUUGACUCUACAAAUUGAACAAGGAAUCCCUUUGCUAUCUAAAUGGCUAAUUUUCAACCGAUUCAAACUUGUUGCAUCAAAGGGACUUAAAAUUGGGCCUACAUUUUUCUUAGCAAGAUUGACAGGUGGUUCCAUUGUAGGGGACAUGGCACCAUAUCAAGCAUUUGCAAUUGGGGGUCUUGGUAGUGUUCGAGGUUAUGGUGAGGGUGCAGUUGGAUCUGGUAGAUCAUGUCUGAUAAUAAACAGUGAAUUGACAUUCCCUUUGAGCAAGGUGUUGGAAGGUUCCCUUUUCAUGGACUGCGGAACAGACUUGGGCUCUGGUCAUCAUGUACCUGGAAAUCCUGCUCUAAGGCAUGGCAAACCCGGGUCUGGAUUUGGUUUUGGUUAUGGGCUUCGAUUGAAAUCAAACAUUGGUCAGUUCCAGAUUGAUUAUGCCACAAAUGCCUUUUGGCAAAAGACUGUCUACUUUGGCAUCAGCAACCUUGUUUCUUGAAAGCGAUAUUGUGCCUGAAGAUAGGCUUCAUGUUGAAAUCCAUGGAAUGCGCAAGACAUGGAUACGCAAGGAACUUUUUUGAGGAAAACAAUUUAUGACUGGAAGAUACUGAAGAUUUAUUCCAUCAAUUUAAGCUUUGACUGAGCUCCACUUGCACACCAAUCAUACCAUUGCAAUUGUCUCGCAUAUUUUUUAUAUUUUAACCAUAGCAUUUUGAAUUUUCGGAAGAAAUUGGUAGAACAAUUACUUAACAUGUCAUGGAACUCUUAUGCAAGUGAGAUAGCUUGGGUAGGGUUAACACAAAUUUUGUAUUUAAAGCAACUUCUGAAGGAUACUAGGAGAUAGUGCAGAAAUAUGUGCUAAAUCUAGGAGAUAAAAUUUAUGAUCA